GAAGAACCUUUUCGGUAAACAACUACAUGCGUUGCUAUUCAACAGUUGUCCCGCCACUUCCACAAAACAGCGAUAAUGGGUCCGCGCUCAACAAUAGAUAAACGCCUUUUGGUCAUAACAUAUUAUCAAAAUGGCUACUCAUAUGGCAAGAUCGGAGGUAUGGUUAAUAUGGCGAGAUCGUCAGUGCAAGCAAUUGUUACACGUUUCGUCCGAGAGAACCGGGUGUGCUAUAAGUCCAGGAAGGCACCGAAUAAAAUUUUUACGGAACACGAAGAAACAAUGAUAGUUGUAAAAUAUCAAAACGAAUCCACUUCAUUGAAAGAUCUACUUGAAUAUGUGGAAAACAAAUUUAACAAAACGUGUAGUUUGAAAACAAUUCAUCGAGUGCUCCAAGCGCGAGGUGCAGGUGAUAACCUGCCGUUAUCAACCGAUGAGAAUAAUAAUAAUAACAAGGACUUCUCAACCAUAGAAAAUAACAAUAAUAACGAGGUCGGUUCAACCAUAGAAAAUAUACCGAGCCGGCUCUCGUUUGCUAAAGAUCAUUUGUCGAAAAGCUCGGACUUUUGGGACUCUGUAAUAUUUACAGGCGUAGCUUCGUUUAGUCCAAUGUACUUAAAUAUCGGACUUAAGGAACACCAUGAGAUGAAAAGGAAAUACAAAGGUAGAAAACUCGUCGUUUGGGGCUGUAUUUCCGCGGCCGGGGUAGGAAACUUGGUGUUCGUUGAUCGAAAAAUUACCCAAAAGAAGCAUCUUUCAAUACUGAAAGAAAAUGUUAUCCAGCAUGCCCAGCAAUUUGGUAUAAGGAAAUUUCACUACUACCAAAAUAAUAAUAUCGAUCAUGACGCAGAUAUUCAGUACUGGACUAUUUGGAAGUGUCCACACGUUAUCAAACCACCUUCCUAUGACUUGGACAUUAAUAUAGUUGACAAUUUAUGGGAAAUUUUGGAUCAAAACAUUAUUUUCCAUUCGAUAAUCGAUGAAAAUGACUUAAAAGCAGCACUCUCUCAGGAAUGGAAAAAAAUAACACCCGAAAUGGCACAAAGCUUGGUUAGGACCUUACCUAACAGACUUCAAUACAUAGUCGAUAUGGCGCAAUAACCGAUCCCUGGUGGAACAUUCAACAAUUUUCAAUAUCAUUUCGUUUACAUACAUACCAUUCCUUAAGAACCUACGAUUAGGCUGUUACUAAAGUACACACUAUAAUUUAAGAAACUACAGCACUGCGAACUUUGUUCUUUGUUUACAGACAUAUGACGUAUGAUCUCUUAAAU